GUCAGUCCGUUGGUUCAGCUGCUAACACAGACUGAGAGCACAGGUUAAAUAUAGAGCAGACUCUAAGAGGCUGAACAUCUCCUGUGGCCCGAGAGAAGAACUGAUUUUAUUUAAGCUGGAAGAAGGAAUCAGUUCUAACUCUUCUUCUUCUUCUCUCUCGCCCUGUGAGCUCGCAGACCAAACUUGGAGAGGACGAAGCGUCGCGGCUCUCUCUGUUCACUGUGCCUCCAACUGAGGCUGAGAAGAAGAAACCAAAGAAGAACAGUGAAGGAAGAUAAUGACAGUGAUGUUGUGAGUGCUGUCAGUGAACUCAUCACGGGGGACUCAGAUCAUUUUGGGACUGAACAGCUGGGAGCGCUGAGACCAGGUAAACAAUGCGAUCCAGAAACUGCACCAUGGAGGGUCCAGAUGACGGACACAUCCAGCCCACUAAAGGUUUUAUCAAGCAGGAGGAGGAGAACACACCAGAGCUCACAAAGAGGAAGAUGAAAGUCCAGCGAGAGGAGAAGGACGGGAGGACGGCGGUGUCUGGAUCAGCUAAGAAACCUCAGAGACCUGCAGAGAGCAGGAAGGCAGCUCUGCCGGAUCUAUCAAAGACGGACCUGCUGCAUCUGCUGGGAAUCAUGGAAGGAGAAGUUCAGGCUAGAGAGGACAUCAUCAGCCUGAUUAAGACCGAGAAAACCAGACCGGAGGCUCUGGAGGCUCACUACGGAUCAGGAGUCCCCACCAAACCCCUGCAGGCCCUGCAGAGAGACGGACUGCUCAUCCACAGCAACAACAGCACUGACGACGUGUACGAGAAACCCAUGGCCGAGUUGGACCGUCUGGAGGACAAACAGAAGGAGACGUACAGACGGAUGUUAGAGCAGCUGCUGCUGGCCGAGAAAUGUCACCGCCGCACCGUCAUGGAGCUGGACAACGAGAAACGCAAACACACCGACUUCAUGAACAAGAGCGACGACUUCACCAACCUGCUGGAGCAGGAGAGGGAGAGACUCAAACGACUGUUGGAGCAGGAGAAAGCUUACCAGGCUCGUAAGGACAAGGACCACAGCAGGCGGCUGGAAAAGGUCAGAGCGGAGCUGGUUAAGCUGAAGUCCUUUGCCCUGAUGUUGGUAGACGAGCGGCAGCUGCAUAUUGAGCAGAUUGACCAACAGAGCCAGAAGAUCCAGGACCUGACUCAGAAGCUGCAGGAUAAAGAGCAGCGUUUGGCAGCGGUCACCGACACUGCCAAGGAGGACGGCCAGAAGGUCCUCAAGCUGGAGGCCGAGCUGGAGCAUAGAGCAGCCAAGUUUGCGCAAGAACAUGAGGAGAUGACCGCCAAACUGGCCAACGAAGAGUCCCAAAGCCGACAGCUUAGGCUGAAGCUGGCCGGAUUGUCACACAAGAUUGAAGAGCUGGAGGAGAGCAACAAGGUGCUGCAUAAAUCAGAGGAGGACCUGCAGGAGCUUAGGGAGAAGAUCAGCAAAGGGGAAUGCGGGGAUUCAUCACUCAUGACCGAGCUGGAGAAUCUGCGGAAGAGAGUGCUGGAGAUGGAGGGCAAGGAUGAGGAGAUAACCAAAACAGAGACUCAGUGCAGGGAGCUGAGGAAAAAGCUGCAGAUUGAGGAGAACCACAGCAAGGAGCUGAGGUUGGAGGUGGACAAACUGCAGAAUAGAAUGGUUGAACUGGAAAAACUGGAGGGGGCUUUCAAUAGGAGCAAAACCGAGUGCUCUCAGCUUCAUACAAACCUGGAAAAAGAGAAACGUGUUGUGAAGGAUCUGGCCGCUGAGCUGGAGAGGGUGAAAACCCAGCUGAAAGAACUAGAGUGCUCAGAGUCAAAGCUUGAAAAGACAGAAAUGGUCCUCAAAGACGAUCUUAUGAAGUUGAAGUCCUUCACAGUUAUACUGGUAGAUGAAAGAAAAAACAUGGCGGAAAGACUUAAACACGAAGAACAGAAAAAUGAUGAUUUAAGUAAGAUGUUAAAAGCAGAGCAGUGUAAGGUUACGGAGGUCACCGAGAAGCUGAUAGAAGAUAGCAAAAAACUUCUGAAAUUCAAAUCAGAAAUGGAGAUCAAAGUGACAACUGUCAGUAAAGAGAAAGAUGAGUUAAAAACUAAACUUGCAAGUGAAGAGGAAAAGUGCAGGGUGCUGAAUACCAAGCUAAGUGGUAUGAAAAUAAGAAUAGACGGACUUGAGGAAACAGAGAGGGAAAUGCAGAAAAAGUGGGCCAACAAGGACAAACACAGAAAUCCAGAUGAAGACAACAAAGUAAAAGAGCUCACGAUAGAAAUUGAAAGACUUAAGAGCAGGCUAAAACAACUUGAGGUGGUAGAAGGAGAUUUAAUGAAAACAGAGGAUGAGUAUGAUCUACUGGAGAAGAAAUUCAGAACAGAGCAGGAUAAAGCAAAUACCCUUUCUAAGCUACUGGAAGAAAUGAAAAGUCAGAUUGCCAGAAACAAAGCCAUUGAGAAAGGUGAGGUCACGAGUCCAGAGGCUGAGCUCAGAAUUCGCUGCAAGAUGGAGGAGGCUAAAACCAGAGAGCUGCAGGUGGACGUCCAGGCCCUGAAGGAGAAAGUCCAUGAACUGAUGAACAAGGAGGACCAGCUCUCCCAGCUGCAGGUGGAUUAUUCUGUCCUCCAGCAGAGGUUCUUGGAAGAGGAGGAGAAGAAGAAAAGCAUGAGCCAGGAAGUAGUCAGCCUUACCAAGGAGCUUGAAGCCACCAAGCGCUACAGUUGCGCCUUGAGGCCCAGUAUGAAUGGUAGGAGGAUGGUCAAUGUUCCGGUUACCUCCACUGCAGUGCAGACAGAUGUGAUGGCCAGUGAGCCUGCUGAGGACGAGACGGCGGCAGGCUUUAUCCGGAAAUCAGUCCUUGAGGAAAACCAUUUAAUGAGCAACCUCAGACAACGGGGCCUUAAAAAGCCAACUGUUCUUGAGCGAUACCCUCCAGCAUCAGCAGAACUUGGGGCAGGAAAAUCCUGGAUACCCUGGAUGAAAAAGAAGGAGGCCAUCACACUCACUCAGACCUCUCCUGAGAUGACCAUGUCCCAAAAGCCAGGCCAGCCACUGCACAUCCGAGUGACCCCAGAUCAUGAGAACAGCACUGCCACCUUGGAGAUCACCAGCCGGGCAGAGGAUUUCUUCUCCAGCACCACCAUCAUCCCGACUCUCGGCCUUCAAAAACCGCGCAUCACAAUCGUCCCUAAACCCACAACUGUGACCUCAAAGAGCAAAGGCUGUGAGCCGACGGGAGGUCUUGAUCGAGCCAAAUCUCCAGUCACAAUAACCACAAUCUCCAGGGCCAAGAGUCCGGACAAGACCAAGGACCGCAACUCUGACAGCCUUCAGUCGCCGGUGUCCAUCAUCACAGUCAGUGCCACUCCUGUGGCUGAAGCAUGUGCUUCACCUGAGCCUCACAAUGUUACCACAGGCCGAACGGUGAUCAAGGUAACCCCGGAGAAGCAACCUGGGCCAGCUCCUUACAGGAAAUACAAUGUCAAGAGCAACAUCAUCACAACAGAGGACAACAAGAUCCAUAUCCACUUGGGUCCACAGUUUAAGAGGCCCUCUGAGGGCUGCAGUAGUUCAGUGUUGACGCUCAGAAGCUCAGAAAGCAGCAAGGAAAUGUCAACAGGAACGGUGCUCCGCUCCCCAAGCCAAACCUCACUGGGGAAGACGGCGCCAAGCAAAAUGACAAGCAGUAUAACAAUCACCCUCACCUCGGCAUCCUCCAGGCCGACACAGUCAGUGCCCAGUUCGGAUGUGCAGUCAGCUCGGGGCGCCGCCACACGGAUCCCCGUGUCAAAAGGUAUGAAACCGAGCAGCAAGGCAGUUCUGGGUGUGUCGACAGUGACAAGGUUAGAGUCUCGGGCCGAGAGCCAGUCAAUGAGAAUCGAGCUGAGGAAGUCGACGGUUAGCGGCUCGGCCUCCGGAGCAGGAGGCAAGAGCUGAGUGAUCAUGAUCGAGUUUGUCGCCAAAUCUGCUGCCACAUAUGAGCUCAGGCUACGUCAGUGUACAUACACAAAUGAGACUCUGUGCGUGAUGUCGCCUAAAACAACACUAUUUAAUUUCAUUCAGAUGUUCAGUUUGUAUUUACACGUUUUCAGGAAAGAUUUGAUCUAAUUUUAAGGUCAUAAUUAUGUGUUAUUUUUAAUUGUUUUUCAUGAAGCAUCUCUUUGCAUGUCUCUUUUGCAUUAGAGUGCAUUUUGAUUAACUUCAUCUUGGUAACCUUUGGCAGUAGCUCUAUUCGCACUUAUUCGCAUCAUGUACAUUUUUCAUAGCAUGUGUUUAUUUCACCACUGCUUUUGGAGGUUUCCAGUCACUGAGGCACUGUGCAUUGUUUGUGACAGUAUGAAUUGUCAUCAUUUGUGGCACCAAAAUAAAAAACUAUUUAUCUCUGAACCAA